AUGCCAGCAGAUUGCCACAUCCUACGCCAGAGCCUCACCUUCCAGCAGCAGCUUCAAGUUGCCGCUUUCUAUUGCAAGAACAAGGAAACUCUCCCAAUGGGCAAGAUUGUCUAUUCCCUUUGUAAUCAGGGCUUCUCAACAAUUUGCUGCCAGACCAUUCUCCAUCACGUAUCUAACAAAGACACCACUUGCCAGUACAUUUGCAAAGAUAUUUGCAAUAGUACCUUGAGCCAAUAUCAAUCUGGUGUCUUGCCUGCGCUUGAGCUCAAGCUCUAUGAGUGGAUUUGUGAAAAAGAGCGUGACGGACUUCAACUUAAUGGCUAUUUGAUUUGCAAGAAGGGCCAGUGGCUUGCUUGUGAUAUGGAUAUUGACCCAGCUCUUCAUAGAUUUGGGAUCAAGCAGUACACCUUCCAUGGUGAGGCUGCAUUGGCACCAAUUGCAGAGCUUGAGAAUCACAAAUGCACAAUCCAAGAGAGUCCCAAGUCUGGCCUUGCUUCUCAAGCCUUACCUGGGGUCAAGGCAGACAAGACACGGCUAACAUAUGUACUUGGGACUAGUGCUACAGGGGAGAAACUUCCGCCCUUUACUAUUGGGUUUGCCUCCCAUCCUUGCUGCUUUACAAAUGGUCCUCCAUCCAAUUAUGGCUUUGAUUAUGCUUCCAAUAAGAAGGCAUAUCUUGAAUGUCUUAAUGCGCAAAUGGAAUCCCAAGGUUGCCAGAUCCUUUUGCUUUGUGAUAACACCAGCUCUCACAAACAUGAUCCAGCAUGCACUCCCAACAUUGAAGUUUACUACCUGCCUCCAAACCUUACGUCUUGGAUCCAGCCUAUGGACGCAGGUAUUAUCCGCAACUUCAAGUCUAACUAUUGCUGGCUCCACACCAAGUUUGUCCUUGAUUGUAAGGCAGCUGGUACAUUGAAUCCUUACAAGGUUCAUCAGCUGGACACAAUGCAUUUGUCACAGCAAGCAUGGGACAAAGUCUCUGCAUCAAGCAUCUGGAAUUGCUGGCAACACACUGGUAUUCUUCCCAAGCUCUGGGAAGUCAAGUGCCAGUUGUCUAAUGUUUCUCUUUAA